AUUAAUUAAACGAGACGAGACGGUCGUUGUCUGCGCUCUACAUCUUGUACUGAAAUCGAUGAUCUUUUAAUUCUUUAAUCCAUCAAUGGCUCGUCAAAAGGAACGCGUUCUAAUCCUGGGAGGCGGCUGGGGAGGAUUUGUCCUCUCGCGCCAUCUCUCGGCGGCGAAGUACGACAUAACGGUUGUAUCACCGAGGCAGAACUUCGUUUUCACUCCUCUGCUGUCGGAGGCGACAGUCGGUACUCUUGAGUUCUCCCACGUCGUCGAACCCGUUCGUGACCGGAAACACCGUAUCAAUUUCGCACCGGCAGUGGCCCGGAGCGUCGACUUCGUGAACAAGAGGGUAUCUUGCGAAGCUAGUAUCGUGCAGGGACAAGCGACAGACAUUGUGGUCAGAUCGGAACCGGAGAAGGUGGAGAGCACUCGAGAGAUGAGAGGAAAGGAACUAGACGUUCAAAGAUGGCGUCAAGGCACCAAGUUUGAACUCGACUACGAUAAACUCGUGAUCGCAACCGGCUCUAUCACAAACACAUUCAACACGCCCGGAGUGCAGGAAAACGCUCUGCUGUAUAGAGACAUUGAGGAUGCACGUAAAGUGCAGAGGCGAAUCAGAGAGUGCUUCGAGCUGGCAGUGCUGCCAAACAAGCCUGAGGAACUGCGUACACAUCUGCUUCACUUUGCUGUCGUAGGAGGAGGACCCACGGGUAUCGAGUUCGUCGGGCUUAUGGCGGACUAUAUCCGGAGGGAUCUGUUGAAAUACUACCCGCAGGUGAAGGAUCGUGUGCGCAUCACUCUGUACGAUGUCGCUCCAAAGAUAUUGGGCAUGUUCGAUGAGUCUCUUUCCACAUAUGCUAUGGAGACGAUGAAACUGCAAGGCGUCGACAUCAAAACCUCCCACCACAUUGAGGAGCUGCGAUGGGGUGAGCCAUACAAGCCUAGAAUAGAUAUGGAUCCCAAGACUUGCUUGACGUUGAAGACCAAGGAAGACGGAGAGACAGGUGUGGGCAUGUGCGUCUGGGCCACUGGAAAUGCGAUAAACCCCUUCAUCAAGCAAGCGCUGUCCGACCUCGAUGAGUUCCCAGAGGCAUCUGUCCUGAAGAGCCCCAGUGGCCUAACCCAAGACGCCAAGCCAACAGGCUGGAAAGUGAAGAAAAACCCCAAGGCUUUGCUUGUGGACGGUUAUUUCCGUCUUCAACUGGAGGCAAAGGAUGGGACUACCGCAGUUAUGAAAGAUGUCUUCGCAAUUGGCGACAACGCUAUGCUGGAACACGGGACUCCACCCGCAACAGCGAUUGCCGCAAACCAAGAGGCGAAAUACCUAGCUCAGAGAUUGAACAAGAAUGAUUUCGACAGUGCUCCAAGAUUCAGUUUCCGGGAUAUGGGUCUCCUGGCGUAUAUUGGCGAUGACAAGGGGUUGAUGCAGAUGCCGCAUACGGAGGCGACUCAGAGAAGCAAAAUGGUUCCCGAAGGCCUGACGGGUAGAACUGCUUGGCUGAUAUGGAGAGGUGCAUACUUGAGCUUGGUCCUUAGUUGGAGGAACUGUUUCCUCAUUCUGAUCUAUUGGGUACUCUCACGGCUGUUUGGGCGGAGAAUACAGUGAUCUAUGUAUAGCCUUCUCGGCCGGCUGUGGAGUAUUAUCUAUGUCUUAUGAUAACAUGAUGUAUAUCUUACAGUAAUAUAAAUAUAAAUUUCGAUUGGCGAUAUGUAUCUC